CUCGUCCUCAUCCGGAUCCACAGCCCCAUUAUGCGCCUUUUGUCAUUUAGGCCCCGUGGCUGACCAGUUGUGCCAAGCCGGUAAAUUGUACGCCUAUCGACCCGCGGGCCCACCCCCACCCUGGACCGUCUCCGGUAGACGGGGCCGAGGUCGUGGGCGGGGACGCCGCCCCACCCUGCCCACUCGCUAUGCCCAUGGCGUGAUCGAGCUCGACUCGGACCCACCCGAGGGCCAGUGGGCCUUCCAUUAUUUCUGCCUGCUAUUCGCGUCGCACCUGGAUCAGAACGGGAUCGCCCCCCAUUCGCCCGACUUGGGCGAUGACAGCAUCGCCCAAACCCACGCCGGACUCUUUGGCUUCCUCAUCACCGACAUUAAGCGGGAAAUCGAACGCACUCGCGCCAUCACAUGCCAGUUCUGCGCCAGUUCCCACGCCAAUGUGGCCUGCCGGGCCCCGGGCUGUUGGGCCUAUUACCAUUUCACGUGUGGCUUCGAGGCCAGGGCCCAAUUCGUAUUCCACGACGAUUUCCCUUCGUAUUGCCCACAACAUCGGGUGGAUUACCUCAGCCUCAUGGAACCCCCCCGAGCCACCAUUUCCCCGGAUAAAACGUGUUUGUGUUGUUACAAUCGCGUCGUGAUACCCAAGAAGAAAGUGGGCGUGGGGAAAUCGUCCGCCAAUACCUCCGGGGUGGGCGUGGUCAGUCCGUGCUGUGGCCGCACUUUCCACUGGUUGUGCGUGCAAAAGAUGGCCAUGGCCGGCGGAAGUUCGCUGUUCAAGUGUCCAAGUUGUCUGGACAAUCAAGUGUUUGUGAUCUCCAUGAGGAAAUGCGGGAUCUACGUCCCCUUGCACGAUGUCAAUCUCAAUGGCAAAAAUCAAUUGAGCGGGCCCACAUCCGCCAAAUCGGCCGACCCAAACAAUCAAGUUCACAACAACAACAACGAUAACGGCAUGAUCGCUUACGAUGCCCUGCCCACAGUUCCACAACUUCAUUGCGACGUGCCCAUUCGAUGUCGAUGCCAACAAGGGCGGAAUCACAACAAGAAGGGUACACUUUGGGCUUUGAUUGCGUGUCAGGAUUGCUCCAUUCAAGCCAUUCACGUGAAGUGUGGCCAACUCAAUCGCCGCAAACCCGAAUUCACUUGUGACACGUGUGUGGACAAUCGGAAAGCCGAGGAGCGAGCGCAAGAAAUCAAAUUGGCCGAAGCCGCGCGAAGGAAGGAAGCUUUAAGGGGACGAAAGAUUGGGCCCAAAAGUCGAACUGUAUCCAAAAGCCAACAAAGCCUCGGAGUGAGAGUGUCUAGCACCCCCACCCCCACCGUCGUGGUCGAUGAGCCGCCUUUGCCCAAAGUGACCUUGAGCAAGCAGAGCGGCCAAUGGACCUCGGAAGUCAAGGCCAAGCGCGCCAAGAGCCCAUUGACCUUCGCUCUGGCCAACCAGGAUCAGGAUCCAUUGGAUAUUGGCGACUUUGAGCUCGUCCCCACUCCCUCGCCACGAACCUCGAGAUCUUCUCGCGGAGUGGCGAAUCGCUUCCGGUCACCUUCUCCGGAUAUUCUGAUUGUGGACCCGUUGGCUGUGACCGGAGUUUUGGACCCACUCGCCGACGACGCGCCCACUAAAGGUCAAAAACGAAAACCCAAUGGCACGGACGCCACUUCCAUGCCCUCGAAAAAGGCACGUGGUCAAGCUCAAAGUCCAUCAUCUCCGGAUUGGGCGUUCCCAACGCCUUCAAGUGCUCGACGGUCUCGCAAUAAUCAGUCGGUGAAGAGCCGUAAUACAAGUGUGGACUCGAGCCCUUUGACCCCAACUACUGGGACGACAUCGAUCAGAGCUCGACGAUCCAAUUCGGGUUUGAACAAACGCUGGAGUCCAUCCCCGUCGGAAUCGCCACCACACGUUUCCUCAUCGGCCACUUCUCGUCGAGGAAAGACCCGUUCUGUCAGCAACUCGUCCUCCUCCUCUUCUGCAAGGUGUCAGGAGGUUGAGGUUAGACGGGGAAUGGCGUUUGGUGAUUUUGGUGAUGAUGAGAACCAGGACGAGGAAGAGGAACCCUUGGCUAAGAAGGCCAAGAAAAGCAAGAAGGCCUCUCCGACGAAGAAGUUGUUGAGUCCGGAUCCAUUAUCGGAUAUCGCUCCAAUUUCCACACGAAGAAGUAGUAGCCAAGCCAUCAGUACAAAGACGCCCAAGCCAGGACCAAAGAGUAGGAGAACCCCGCCCAGUCCUGUUUUGAGCACACCUCCUCCUCCUCCUCCUUCUCGUCCUUCGUCUCCUCCGGCUCGUAGAGGAUCAGCAGGGGGGCCCCAGAGUCGUCCAAAAUCGAUGGCUCCACUCACUCCCACGAAUGCUCUCUCCCCCGUUGUGGCCCUGCCAAAAAUCAACAUCCCCAAACCGGGGCCCAAAUGUCGCAAAGCCACUCCCUCAACGACCACGGUUGUGCCGCCCAAAUCAGUGGCCGUCAAACCCGGGCCCAAGAGCCGUAAAAUCGCACCUACCACCAUUGCCGCUGUGCCGGCAAAAGCAGUUGUCCACAAACCCGGGCCCAAGAGCCGCCGUUCAAGUGCGAAUUCGUCGGUGACAAAGGAUAUGGUCGAACCAAUGAGAAGGGCUCCACCGACCAAGAUCGGUCCCAAGAGCCGGAAAACCGCUGUCCCAACUCCCAAGAAGGCCAACGCGGGUCCAAUUGGCCGCCGAAAAGCCAAGUCGCCCAGUCCGACGUUGGACGAUUAUUCGCCUUCGGGCGGUUUCGAUUCUCCCAUUGGCGGUGCCAGUCCAGUUUACUCAUCGGGCAGUGAUUCACCCCGGCCGUUUUUGGGGCGUGCCGUGUCUCCGCCUCCAUUAAGGAGCAGCUCAAAACCGGGACCGGCCUCGUCCAAGAAGCCGGUCAUUCAACCGUUGGAAUCCACGAUCAUCAUCAAACAGGAGUUCGUUUCAUCGCCCGGUCCCAAAUCCACAUUCGACGACAUCUUCGACCAAGUUCGAGAGAGCACAACGAGGGUGCGACUUCCGGCCAAGAAACGCCCUCGAUCGCCCGUUCGACAGGAAACUAGAGCAGUCCCCAUCAGACAAGAGCACAAAUAUCGACCGGGACCCAAGUCGACCCUGGAAAAGCGAUCGAUGCCCCAACCCGAGCGGCAAAGCAUUCGCGUUCUCGACAAGCCUUUGCCUCGUCGUCAAGCCGUGAAACGGACUUGGAGCGAGGCCACGGGUAAAAACCCGCCUGCGGCCAAGAAGACCAGGAAAGGCUCGGCCCCACUCAGGAUCUACCAAGUGAAAGGCAAGGACAUCAUGGGCGGUAUCAUGAGCGACCUCCUGAUUCUGAUGGAGGAGCAAAUCGCGCAUUGCCGCACCUUCUCCACCCAAGUAGCCACCAACUGGAUUCAUCAAGACCUCUUGGACAGUGUAUUCCACGAGUCCACCGAGUUCUGCGGCGAUCUGCUCGACGACUCGGUCGUUGACGAGACUCUUUUCCGACUCUUUGGACCCCCCUACACGUUUCAUCUGGAGAGCCAGAGAGCCUCUCAGUACAUGGCACCCCUGAAAAGAGCCCAACUGACCCUGUCGGAUUGUCUCCAGCCCAAUGGCAUUCCACCACGAGAGGCUUUAAACGCAAUCUGCGGUGAUAUUCUUGUGGACGUGGCCAAUUCGGCCAAGAAAGCGAUCGAUGAUCGUUUCCGAUGGAACCUGUGCUCCGGAGUGGUACGCGAUCUCGUGGAGGGCGUAUUCCAAGAAUCUGCCCAGUUUUGUGCCACCGUCAUCAAUCGAGAAGUGAUCCUGGAAACGUGCUUCAGGCUGUUUGGACCCCCCUACCGUUUUAGCCUGAGUGAACCCAGAGCUAAACAAUACUUGAAACCCCUGCAAGGGUCCUCAUUACGUCUACCAGAUGUCAUGAAUGCCCCCAAAUUGCCCAGAUUAGCUGGGAACACCAUUUGUAUGGACAUCCUCACAGACGUGGCCUUCAAGGCCAAGGCUGAGAUCGACGAUCGCUUCCGAUUCAAUGUGUGCGCUCACGCCGUCGAUCAUCUCGUCGAGGACUGGCUGUUCCGGGAAUCCAGCCAAUUCUGCUUAUCCAUUUUGGAAAAAGUGGUGGAUGAGGCUGGUUACCGCCUCUUCGGACCGCCCAAAAGGUUGCUCCUGUCCCAUGAGAAGGCACCCAUGAUCUUGAGCAAGCUCCAGGUAUCUCAAUUAGUGGUGCGUGAUUGCAUUCAACAGAAGUGCAUCCCCACCGAGGCCACCCAAAUCUUUUGCGACGAGAUCCUCUUCGACGUGAUUGCUCAAGCCGAAACCGACAUCCUGAAUCGGCCUGUGUAUGGCCACCGAUUAGUCUCGGAAGUCCUCUCCGACAUCCUCCGCGUGAUGCCCAUGAAAAGUCGAAGAAGCAUCGAGGCCGCUCGAAUGGGUCUGGUGAGGACGCGUUGCCGAGGUAUUAUUCUCACCGAGGUCGUCGACCGAGCCGAAGAGCAAAUUCUAAAGACCCCAUCCUUCCCUUAUCGAGCCUCGUACAUGAUCUUGAGCGACCUCGUGGAUUCCUUGGGACCGGCUAUUAUCACGUUCCGACAGGAGAAAGAGCGCCUUCGAAUCCUCGAGCAACGCCGCCUUGAGGCCGAACGGCGCCGGCCCAAGCCAUUUUCCAUCUCCUUAAGAGACAUUUACUCCCUGCCAGUCAUUCCACAUCCGGCUGUCGAGUUUCUGUGUUCAGGAAUCAUGCUUGAGAUUGUGGAACAGGCCGAGGCUGUGAUCGUGUCGGGACCGCGUUUCGUGGAGCGCAUGGCCUCCUACACCCUCGUCAGAAUGGUCAGCGAAAUGACUUUGCCCAAUAAUUUGGUGGCCUCGAAAAAGCGCAAAAGAGAGUCCUCGUUUUCGCCCUCGGCCUCCAAACGAACGGCUGUGAGCAACGGGCCUCGAGCACGAAACGAGGCCACUGCCAGCCCACUUAGGCAGAAUGGAGCAACGGGAACGUCGAAUAGGCGAAGGCAAGCCACUCCAGCCAACAAUGGACUCCUUCUAUGAGAAUGUCAGGUUCCAAUUUUGAAUCGUCUCGGUGUCACAUCGUCGUCGUCAUCCUCAUCAUCAUUCACAUCCUCACAUAAGCUUUUUGAUGAUCUGAAUUCGUCGAAAUGAAAGCUUGUUCAAUAAAUACUUUUCAAAACUUGA